UGGUACAAGUUUUCCACUCAAAAAAGCAGUCCACGCCGCCGCCAGAGCGCAUGGCCGCCGAUGACUCCUCCGGUUUCUUCACCGGCGUGUGGCCUCGCCUCCGCGCCGCGGCGUCGAGUUGGCGCCGGAGAGGAGACCGCUCUGGCGGCGACGAUGACGAUGCUGACGGUGACAACCAAGGGGAGGAGGCAACCGUAAAGUUGCGCCUGGCGCGCCGAGCGACCAAGGUGGCGCGGGUCGGUCGGAACCUCGCCUUCGUCUCCUUCAACCUCGAGGUACUGGUAUUUGUUUAUGCGUUCUGGAGGGCCAGAAGACGGAAUUUGACCUGGAGGCAACCUAUCCAAGCACUCCCCAUGCUUGUGAUCCCUGCCCUAGCUACACUCAUUUACGCUGCAUUUAUACGCUUCGCCAGAAGGCUUGAUCUCAAGGACAAGAAAAUGCUUGAAAGGCUUCAAGAGGAGAAGCAGACAAAUGACUGUGUACCAAGGGAAUUUGACCAGAACGAGCAAAACAGUGCCAAGAAAUAUGAUGUUGUGGACGAUGCUAGCAAAUUUUCAGCUUCAGCUUAUUCUGCAGAAACUUCUAAGCUUGGGAAACACCACCAACCGAGUAUUAGCUUGAGAGAUGAUGGUGGAGGAGAUAUGUCUUGGGGUCAUAGCAAUGAUUUCCAACCAAUGCGCUCUGACAGCCUACGACGGAGAAGAUUAUCUAUUGAGAAAACAUAUAUGACCAACAGCAGUGCAUUCAGCCAGCCAAUUAAUUGGUCGUCUGAGCAUUUAGCUGAUGACCUAGAUGACCCAGAUUGUAUCCAAAGGACUGUAGAACACCAUAGCAACUCAGGAGCUGAUGUUGCAGAUAAUGGCACGGUUUACUCCAGUGUGGAGACAAGUUCAUGCAUACCUGGUUGCAAUAUUGUUCACAUGAAUUCAAAUGCUACGGAUCGUGCUGAAUGCACUCCACCAUUGAGUAGCCCGAAAUCCAAUGGAGAACUGGCUCAAGAAGAUGCUGUGCAAAUAGCACUGGCUGGCCCUAAAUCGGACCUUCCUGCCUUUGCAGAGUUUCUUCAUGAGGUAGUUGAGGAGAAAGAAUCAUCUAAGUUCCAUGUAUCGGAGGAGAACAGGGCGUCCUUCAUUUUGGAGAAGGAACUUUUAGUGAGUCCAUCUGCAGUAAAAAAUAUCGAACAACGUUUGGGGACUUCAGGGUUCACCUUGUGCAGUCAAGGGACUGAGAAAGAGGAUGUUGCUGGAGGUGUCUGCUUUAUUAAGGUCAGCCCUGAGUUGAGCUUCUUAUCCUCUCAAGAGCUAGUUUUGGAAGGUAGCAAGGAUGCCAGCGAUAAAGAAUCGUGUGAAUUAAACACGCAAGAGGAGAAUAACGCAGUUGUCAAUUCAGAGGAGGAAGCUUUACAUGAUCAGCAUGUAGUCAGUACUGCUGAACAAUGCUCUGGAACUUCAGGGUUCUUUUUGCGCUGUCAAGGUUCCAAUACGACGGAGGUUCCUGCAAUUGUCAAUUUUUUUGCAGUCAGCCAUGAAUCAAACUAUCCAGCACCUGUGGAAUCACUUGCAGAGGAUGAUGAGGACUCCGAGGGGGAUGAAACUUCUGAUGUGCACUUACCGGAGCAGAAGGGCCAGGAAGCUUUUCCGGAUCCAUUUGUGGUUGAUUCUUAUGAGGAUCCAUUUGCUACAUCAGAAUUUUUGUCACAAAGUGAAGCAGCCAAAGUUCUGGGUUUUAUCAAGGAAGAUUUGUCUGAAUCACAAGAUGAGGUCGCCUCUUCAUAUGAUGGCUGUAACACUGAGAAUAUGAUAGGCGAUUCAGUGUCUGUUCAACUCAUCCCGGAAGCCAACAUAAUGGAAGCCCUUCAAGGUGGUCAGGAAACAUUGUCUGAUCCGCUACACCACAGCAGUUGUGAUUCUGCAGGGCUUUUCGUAUCUUCAAGUGAGAUCAGUAACGAUGAAGCUUAUUCAAGCAACUCAAAUUCUUACUUUUUAUAUGCCAAUUCCGUGGAAGAGGAAGCACCCAUACCUGGUCAAGGAGGAUAUUCUGAAUCUAAAGAUGAAAUGUUUCUGGACACUCCCAUCUUGUUAAAUGAGGUUACAAGUGCAGCAAGUUGGACAGAUAAUGCUGGAUGUUCUCGAUUUAUUCCAAACAGUGAUAGAACUCAAUCUCUUCACGAUGGCAAACGAGCUCCACCUAAGAGAUCAGAGAGAGCUAAUGUUUGUCUUGAGGAAAGUUUCGUAUCCUCAGACCAGGAAAUCCACUCUGAAAAUUUUUCGCUCUAUUCCAGGUCAUCUUCAUGCGUUUCAGAGGUCAACAUGAUUGAAACUCUUAGGGGUGGCGCAUUUCCUAUACCAGAAAAUGAUGAAAGAAAUCCCGUGAUGGUUCCCAAUGUAAACCAUGCAGAGAAUUAUACCAACAAUGCAAGGUCUGCUGAUUCUUUUCCAGAAAUCAACAUGACGGAAACUCGUAAUGUUGGUAAGGAAGCUACUAUUGGUUCAGUGCAUGAAGUUUCUUCAAAUUUUGUGAAUAGUUUGAGAGCUCCUGAUGCCGGUAAUGACAUGGAAAAAUUUGAUAACUACAUAGACUUACUGUCAUCUUCAGCUGUUCCAGUAGUUGAUGCGUUUGAAGGCUUGCAAGCUGGUCAGGGGUUCUCAGAGGAGCAAUGUGAAAAUGAUCUUACAGUUUGCAAGACCAAAGUGUUUCCUAAGGUAAAAAAUGAUGAAAAUUAUUUGACCAACACAAUUGGAGAUAUCCAAGAGUGCAAGGAAAGAUCAAUUGAUGCCUUGCAAUCUGCUCAGCCAGGGUUAUCCAAGUCCCAAGAUGAAGGUGUUUUUACUCUUCACGGAACUUACAUGUCUCCUGAUGGGAUUAGCAAUGCUGGACAUUAUUUGACUGCUGAUUAUGCUUCAGAUAUUCGCAAUACAAUGGGCAGUCAUCGCAUCAGCCAAAAUGCAUCACCUGAAUCACAACCUCAGGACCACUUAAGUUUCAAGGAGGCUUUCGUAUAUCCGGAUGAGCUUUGUCUUGCUGAAAAUAAUUCAGGCAACGCAAAGUCAUCAUUGUGUUCUGCAGAGGUCAACUUGAUUGAAUUUGUGGACAGUGAUCAGAGAGGAACCCCUCAGCAACAAGAUGAGAACAAUUUGGGUUUUGAGGAUAUUUACAUGGCUCACCAGUGUGGCACUUCUGAAAAUCGUCUUAACGAUUUGAGGUAUCAACAUAUUUCAGAUGCCAAUAUUGUGGAGACUAUUCAAGGUGCAGAAAGAUUAUCAUCAGAGAUACUUCAUGAUGGCAUCUUCAGUAUUGUCGGGACCUCAACUUCUCUAGAUGGUGGCAACAAAGCUGAUAAUUCUUCAAAUAAUUCAGGAUCUACUAUGCAUACUGCAACGAUUCUCCUAGGUCUUCAAGAAGGAAAUUUCAAGCCACAAGAUGAGAAGGCAAUGGCCAUCUCCCAAGAUGAGGUUGAUAGUGCAGAAACAAAUUGCCCAAAUUGUACAUAUGCUGAAGCAACCAUGACUGGAGCUGUAGAAGAUGUCAAUAAACCACCAUCUCAUUCACAGGAUGAACAUCCUGGGACUUAUAUUUCUUCAGAAAAGGGCAAAACGAAUGCAACAAAUCAUUCAAACUACUCGAGAUCCUCAUCAUCUAUGCCUGAUGACAACUUGAUAGAAAUUUCUGCAGUAGGUCAAGAAGGAUCUUUGGAGCCUAACAAUGAAUAUCCAUCUAGUUUUGAGAAGACCUCAAUAUCCGAAAAUUCUCCAAAUAAUCCAACGUCUGUUUCACAUACCAGCAUGAAGGAAUCUGUAAUAUUUUCUGGAAAGCGGUUGCCUGAUCCAUUACUGGAAGACGUUCAUAGGUUUGAUAAGAUUUCUGGUGAUGAAAGGGCCAAUAAGUCACUAAACGAAAAUGGCCCUAGUUAUGAGCAGAUAGCCAUAACUCAAGCUGAGGUCAACUAUACUGAAAGUCAAGAUUGCACUGAAGCUUCAAAUCUUAAUUGCACUGAAGCUUCUGAGAGUGUUAGUGAAGGAUUUUUCGAGCCAGAACAACAAGGGGGACCAGAAUUGGCUCUUAGUCAGGUGGAGAUGCCCUUCUUCAUAGAUGAGGACAAGGGAACUGGAAAGGACCAUAAUAGUUGCAUCGCUGCUUCAUCUCAUCAUGAAAUCAGCAUUUUGGAGACUCUCCAAGAACUGCCUAUAGCUGCUGGAAGUGAAAAAGGUUUCCCGGACAGCAGUAAAGCAUGUGAACCGCAUUGCACAGAUAAGGAACUAAAAGACCUUAAAAUUAAUGACAUGAAAGAGGACGUUGAAGACUUGGAUGAGGACCAUGAGAAUAAUCCCAUAGAUCUUCUUGGGGCAUCUGAAAUUACACCUGCCCUGGCACAAAAGCCUUCUGUAAAGCUUUAUGCAAAAGAUGCUUCUUGGAGAGAUUUGGCAAUGGGGACGAGCAAUGAUUUCGAAGCAGCACGAGUGGAUGGGCUUCGGCAGAGGAAACCAAUAUUCACAAUCAGCAGUGGCACUGGGAGCAGUACUGUGUCUGAACUAGACGAUAUGCAGUACACUGAACCUGUCGAUGAUGAUACCAGCCCUCUUAGCACUCCUCUACCUUCAUCUGUUGAUGUUAAUACUCAAAACAGAUCAAAUGAUAAGAGUGUGUGCAUUUCAGCAGAAUGCUCACCCACUGAACAGCCUGGCAAGAGGAUCUAGAUUCUAGAAGCUUCCGACUGGAGCUGGUUGGAUUGUUUUGGUGGUUGAAGCUUCUACUAACUGGAAAAUCAUAUCAAUUAAAGUUUGAGUAAGCAUUGUUUUUUGCAAGAUGUGUGGUCAGAGAACGUGAACAAAAAUGGAGCUUUUGUACAAAGUGUUAUGGAAUUUUUUGGAAAAUGUGAAUCUGGUGGCAAAGAUAUGAAAUCAGCUCUGGAUAUAGUUACUUGUGCCUUGAGUAGAUCCAUCCUUGUUCUUGCAUGUUGUCUUCAAGAAUCGCGGAUUUUUUUUAAAAGAGAAGGCCAUCUUUUGGAGUUCUUGUCCCCCGAGGGGGGGGGGGGGGGGGGCUGUAGUUGCUUGUGUAUGCAUUUGUACAUUUCUGUAUAUUUUGGUAAAUAUAUUGCCAUCAUUGGCACCUGUAUAAUUAGUUAAAAUGCCUCCCCGCUUCUUUAGGUGACAGUACUUUACAUGAGUGCAUCUCAUGUCUAGUGUUUUUUUGUCUGAGUUGUAGGAUAUCAGAGGUUUGCAUUUUUGUGUGUAAAAUUCACAAACUUUUUGCUUGUGUAUUUCAUGUUGGUACUGCA